CUACGCGUUACGCACGCGUCGCGCUCACGGACGGCAGAGUUCGUUCGGAUGCGUUUGUAAUAUCCGGGUUGGAAGGAGGGAGUGUCUCAGAUUCCCAACAGAAACACGCUGGAAAGAGCAGCGAGAGAGACGCGCUCCGGGGGAAUAUGGCAUCGGGCAGAGGGAAGCGGAAGCGCAGCGCGGUGGAAACGGGUUCCAGCUCUCCGGUCAUGAUUUAGAUCUGGAUCCGGACCGCGAUGGAAAAGCCGCUGUGUUCGUCGCAGCCCGCGGCCUCGCUCGGGUUCGGCGCGUCUCCGGUGGGGAACAUCGCGCCGCUGCAGCGCGGACGCACGCGCAGGAUAGAAGGAGUGCUGAGCAAAUACACCAACCUCAUCCAGGGCUGGCAGAACAGGUAUUUCGUGUUGGACCCUGAUGUGGGUCAGCUGCAGUAUUUCGUGAGUGAGCAGGGGCGGAGUCAGAAACCCCGCGGAUCCCUGCCUCUGAUUGGUGCGUCUGUGACAGCGAGCGACGAGGCGCCUCACAUGUUCAUCGUCAGCUCGGCCAAUGGGGAGCUCUUCAAACUUAGAGCGGUGGACGCUACAGAACAGCAGCUGUGGAUGACGCAGCUACAGGCGUGUACCAGACGCCACUCCGACAGCAGUGCCAAGAUGAGGAAACUCAAAGAUUGUGACGAGCAUCUGUGUGUGGACCGAACUCAGAACACAUUGGACGCACAGGGUUCGUCGGGCCGGACGCGGAGUUUCUCUCUGCUUCCUCACCUCCCUCCGUCUUCCUCUCCUGCAUGUCAGAGACAUCUCCCUCACCACGGGCCUCAGAGCAACAUCGUUACCAUCACGCACCACAAGUCGCCUGCAGCCGCCCGCCGUGCCAAAAACCAGUACCCAGAGCGCCUCCUGGAGGUCAAAGAGGUUAUGAACCAGGUCGAGGUUCAGCAGAAGAGUCUGGUCCAGUCCAUCGAGUCUCUGCCGACGCGAGGAUCCCUGUCCUGUCUGGAUCAGGACCUGCUGCUGCUGAAAGCCACCUCUGCCGCCACCCUGAGCUGCCUUGGCGAGUGCCUGACUAUAUUACAGCAGACCACUCAGUCACAUACCAGCUCCAAAUACCCCCCCCAGCGUGAUGUGUAACUGCUGACUGCUGGUCAUGUGUUCUGCGUCCCUGCAGACAAUGUUCCCCUGUGGACCAUCCCAAAGUCGCCCUCAGGAGAACGUCUGAGGAAUGGCGGUGCUGUUACCCGGAGCUCCACUGAGCCCUCGCCCUCGCCCUCCCUCAGGAAAACAAACCUGCUGCAGAACACCGAGGAUGGGAUGGAGGUGAUUUCUCCUGAGGAGGAGGUGAUGGAUUCAGAUGAUAACACUGAAGAAGAUCUGGGUGUGUUGGACGACCAGAGGAGCAUAAUUCUGCAUCUGCUGUCUCAGCUCAAACUGGGCAUGGAUCUCACACGGGUUGUUCUUCCCACAUUCAUCCUGGAGAAGCGUUCACUGCUGGAGAUGUACGCUAACUUCAUGGCGCACCCGGACCUGUUCCUGUCCAUCUCUGCCGGAAGCACGCCAGAGGAGCGUAUGGUGCGUUUCGUUGAAUAUUACAUGACCGCCUUCCAUGAAGGACGUAAGGGCACUGUUGCCAAGAAGCCCUACAACCCCGUGCUGGGUGAGACCUUCCACUGCUCGUGGGAGGUUCCACAAGAUCGAGUCUGCCCUCUAAGGACUGAGACCAACCCCAGGACCAAUCAGGAGGCGACAGGGGCGGGGUCAGACUGUUACAGGGUGCGUUUCGUGGCGGAGCAGGUUUCCCAUCAUCCUCCGGUGUCUGGGUUUUACUGUGAGUGUGCAGAGAGAGGCAUGUGCGUCAACACAUACAUCUGGACCAAGAGCAAGUUCAUGGGCAUGUCAGUGGGCGUCUCUAUGGUGGGAGAAGGCGUGCUGUACCUGCGUGAUCAUGGGGAGGAGUACGUGUUUACAUUCCCGAGUGCGUACGCUCGAUCCAUCCUCACCGUGCCGUGGGUGGAGCUCGGAGGAAAGGUCACCAUCAGUUGCGCCAAGACCGGAUACUCGGCCAAUGUCACAUUCCACACCAAACCCCUCUACGGGGGCAAAGUUCACAGGGUCAGCGCAGAGGUGAAGCAAAACUCCAGCGGGAUAGUGGUGUGUAAAGCUCAGGGCGAGUGGAACGGGACGCUGGAGUUCAUCUACAGCAGCGGAGAGACCAAAGUCAUCGACACAAACAAACUGCCCAUCAUCAGGAAGAUGAUUCGCCCCGUCGACAAACAGGGCCAGACCGAGUCCAGGCGUCUCUGGCAGCAUGUGACUGUGGCGCUGAAGGAAGGAAACGUUGAUCUGGCCACUGAACACAAGCAUGUGUUAGAGGAAGACCAGCGAUCAGACGAGAGACAGAGAGCCACCAACAACAUGCCCUGGAAACCCAAAUACUUCAACAAAGAGGGGGACGGAUGGGUCUACAGAAACCCCUUAUGGAAAACACACUGAAGAAAGGAAGACGAACGCAGAUCAGACGAACACAGGGACUGAAAACAAACAGCAAAAAUCAAAAACAGGAGAAUAAUGAUGCAUCACACUACAGACUGUACAGAAACCAGUGUGUAUAUAUGAGAACACAUAGAACAUGCCUUUUAUACACUGUAUAAAUUAUAUAUUAUUUUUCACGAUUAUAACCAAGCCUUUGUGGAUAUGCACAUGUACACAGUAUUUAUGUGAUCUGUUAUUAGAUGAUUUGUUAACAGAGUAAGACAGUCAUGGAUUUCCUUCCAGUGUGCAUUUAACAUAUGGUCAAGAUGUUCAGAAUCAAAUUUAAACAGUAUUUCAGCUCAUAUUUCACCCCAAUAUUAUAUAUAUAUAUAUAUAUUCUUUAAUAUACAUUAUAUUGUAAUAAUUCAUAAUUAAAUUGUAAGUUAAAUUAUACAUUGUAUAAAUUCAAUUAUAUCAUAAUUAUAUAAUUAAUAAUACAUAAUACAUUAUAAGGUUUUUGCAUUGUGACAUUAUUUUAAUAAAAAAUACACAUUUCCCACCUAAAUUAUUAUAACUGUAAUAUCCUAUUUUUUUACUCCAUUACAACAAAUUAAUAUUGUAAUAGCCUAUAAUAUUUUAAUUAAAUCAGCAUAACUUAGUUGUACAACAAAUACAAUAUAGAAAUACUUCACAAUUAUUUUAAAUAAAUCUUGAUGGUCCUGAAAUAAGCUUCAGUUUCUUAUGUUUAGUUAAGAAAUAAAACAGUAUUUUGCGAUGAAAUAUGAUCUGCACAUGUUCUUGACAGAUGAAUAAGUGAUGAUAUUAUGUUUGAGAUGAAUCAGCAGACAUUAAAUGGAUGAAAAUGGUUGUGUUU